AUAUCACAGAAUUGAACUGCGUAGAAAACACGAAAUAACAAACGGUCUGUGGUCAUAACAAGUUUACUUUGGCAAUUUAUAUUUGUUCACUUAUAUUCAAAGUCAUAUUGAACAAAUGUGAAUUCGUAUUUGUUUUUAUUUUCUCACCAAACUUCAAAUCGAAAAUAAAAUAAUUGGUUUGAAUUUCGAGAUUCAUCAUUGUGAAAUUACACUCAAUUUGAAUAGAACGUAAAUAAGAGUUCAUCACAAUAAUUCAACAACGUGAACCGUGAACAAAAAUCCAUUAACCAAUCUGUCAUCAACAACAUUUCCACUUCAAAUCAAAUUCUGCAAUGGCACAAGAGCCUGCUCCGAUUAUUUACAGCAAUGUGUUGCCGUGGCGUGGCUGCGAGAAACUGUAUUUGGACACCCGAACAGCUGAUGUAUUCUUUGUCUUUGGUAAAGAUGGUAACGUGAAAAUUCCGGCACACAAAAACAUUUUGUCGGCCAAUAGCAAGUUAUUCGAUGUGAUGUUUUAUGGUCCACGCAAACAAGAAGGUGACAUCCCAAUCGACAAGUCAACUCCUGAGGCUUUUAAGGAAUUUUUGCAAUUCUUUUACCUUGGAACGGUGAAAUUGACCAACGUAAAUGCAGUCCAUGUCAUGAAUCUCGGCAAACAAUAUUUGGUCGACGAGUGCUGCAAGGCCAGUUCCAACUUCACUGAGCAAACUCUGACAUUGGACAACAUGUGCUUUGGCUAUGAGGUGGCGAUCUUCUUCGAACAAACUCAUUUAAUGAAGUUUUGUGAACAGAAAAUUGGCGAAAACCCAAAGGAAAUCUUCCAGUCCAAAAGUUUUCUGUCUUGUAGAUCGAAUUUAUUGGCAAGAAUCUUGCAGCUGGACACAUUCAACUGUGACGAAUCAGUGGUGUUUGACGGUUGUAUGGCAUGGGCAAAAGCCGCCUGCAUUAAGAAAGGACUGGAUGGAACAAACAUGCAGAAUAUUCGCAAUCAGUUGGGCGACCUAUUCUACGAGAUUCGGUUUGGUGAUAUGACAGCUGAAAGUUUUUAUCCUCGGUAUCGUUCUUACGGAGGUCUAUUUUCGAUUGAAGAAUUCACAGACAUUAUCGGUAUGAUUUCAUCUAAGGAAUAUCGACCACCGAAAUUCAAUCGUAAUGAACGAAAAACGAGCCAAAUUUACAAAAAUAACACCAAUGACCUGAUUUGUGAUCGGACUGAUCCAACUGGUUUGAACCACCAACGGUACGAUCUGGGAUCGGGUACCACAAUCCAAAAUACCACGUCAUUCACAUCCAAUUGUGAGUUAGUCCUAAAGACAAUUCACUGCAAUGAAUUAUUUCCAGUUCAUGUUGAAAAGAAUAUACCAUUCAUACCAGCUAUAAUGAAUGUGAUUGAUGGAUCGACUGGUAAAAAUCUUUAUUCCGAUCAAGUGAUUUUUCUACCUCUGAGCGAAACCAAUGUCCAUCUUCCAACGCCAAUUAUCAUUCGACCAGGCGUCAAAUAUCAAAUUUGCUUUAAUCUUCAAAUUGACAAAUGUUACACUUUGAUGACCCUUAAGACCAAGGUGCAAAUGGAUCAAGGCAUCGAAAUUGAUUUCGGUUAUGAUUACGGGGAUUAUUCUUCAAAUAAAAAUCCUGGACUGGUGAAGAAAAUUAUCUUCAUGAAACCUAAAGAAUAACACUUUUAUAGUGAACGUAUAUAUGUGUAUGCUGCAAGGUAAUCAUAAUUCAGCAUUUAAUGUGAACUUACCAGCUACUAUGCAGAAUAAUAUUGAUAAUAUUAAUCACCAUUUAAUCUCUCACUGAAAACGUCCGCUGGAUGUGUGCGUCCAGUGUUUAGUCUUACAAAUAAGAAUACAUUUGGCAUUGUGAUUCAAACAAAAUCCAAUUAACAUCAUAAGCAAAAUCCAUUUUAUAUUUUCUAUAAAUAUAUUUCAAUUCAAUAAAAAAAAAAUCAUAUUUUUCAAAGUGACAA